GCUAAUAAUAAAAGGCCAUACAUCAAUCAGGGUACACGAUAAGAUUCACAGGGAGGAAAAGAAAAUUUGGAAAACCAUGAACGUUGAAGAAGAGGUCCACCGACUCAAGGAAGAAAUCCAAAGACUCGGCAAGAUUCAGCCCGAUGGUUCCUACAAGGUUACAUUUGGUGUGCUAUUCAACAACUGCGAAAACAUUUUUGAAGCACUUCUAGGCACCCUAAGAGCAGCAAAGAAACGAAAAGUGAUUACAUAUGAUGGUGAGCUGCUGUUACAAGGAGUCCAUGACAAUGUGGAGAUCACCCUCAAGCCAACACCAGAGUUGACAGGAAAAGCAGCAGGAGCAAGCACCUAGAUCUUUAUCCUCUGGUUACUGGUGGAACAAGUUCGAGGGUUGGCAUAAUCAGAAUCAAUUUACAAUUGGUACCAACUGAUCUGAAUCAUCCUGCAGGCAAACUUUCACAUGAAAUUUCAAAUUGCAAGUGUGGUCCAGAUUAGCUGCAUAAUUUAUUUUCUUAUUUCUGGGUGAGGCUAAAGAGUGAUCCAGCAAUUUCAAUUUUAAAAUUUGACAAUCUCUUGAAAAUAUUGAGUAAAAUGUUACUAGUAAAGUUUGGCCUAUUCUACCAUAGCAAUACUCUAUGUUGAAAUUAUAGAACAACACAAAAACA